AUGGUCACUCGUAGCACUGUCCUGUCUAUGGGCACUGACGCGGGCAACUGUACGAACAGGUGGCCAAAAUGGCUCAGCAUAGGCACCUUCGACAUCCUAACCGAACUCCUAAUGUUCCUCGCCGCAGUCCACCUAAUCUACUCCCUCCAAAUGCGCCUUCUCGCCAAACUCCUCGUAAUCCUCGCUUUCUCCGCCCGCCUUCCGGUGAUCGCAAUCGCCGGAAUCCGACUCUACUACCUGGACCUACGACUUAGCGGGUCAAACUUCACUUUCGACUACGUAAUCGCUACGCAAUGGCAGAUGGGGUAUGCGAUUAUGUCAAGCACGAUAACGGGUAUGGGUCCGUUCUUGAAGCCGUUCGAUAAGGAGUACUGGGAGUGGGGGAAGGUCGAGGAUGGAAAGUGCGUUGACGACGCAUUCGAGUGGGAUGUUACCGCCAUCGAGGAGACAGAUGAUGGGUCACCAUCACCAUCAUGGCCAUCACAGGCGGUCCGCGGAUAA